UACGCCUUCAAAAACGAGCCUCCCGUUGUGUUGUGUGCCUCCGAGUCCUGCAGUCUCCGUCCCUCUCUGUCUCUCCUUCCCUCAAUCUCUCUCUCUUGGCGUUUAAAGAUAGUAGAAGAUGGCUGACGCCGAGGAUAUUCAGCCACUAGUGUGUGACAAUGGAACAGGAAUGGUUAAGGCUGGAUUUGCUGGUGAUGAUGCUCCAAGAGCUGUCUUUCCCAGCAUUGUAGGUCGUCCUCGUCACACUGGUGUUAUGGUAGGAAUGGGCCAGAAAGAUGCCUAUGUUGGUGAUGAGGCUCAGUCUAAGCGUGGUAUUUUAACUUUGAAAUAUCCUAUCGAGCAUGGUAUUGUGAGUAACUGGGAUGAUAUGGAAAAGAUAUGGCAUCACACUUUCUACAAUGAGCUUCGUGUUGCGCCAGAAGAGCACCCCGUACUCCUUACUGAGGCUCCUCUCAACCCCAAGGCCAAUCGUGAGAAGAUGACCCAAAUCAUGUUUGAGACUUUCAACACUCCUGCUAUGUAUGUUGCCAUUCAGGCUGUUCUGUCUUUGUAUGCCAGUGGUCGUACAACUGGUAUUGUGUUGGAUUCUGGUGAUGGUGUAAGCCACACUGUCCCCAUUUAUGAGGGGUAUGCCCUCCCACAUGCCAUCCUUCGUCUUGACCUUGCAGGCCGUGAUCUCACUGAUAGCUUGAUGAAGAUUCUCACAGAGCGUGGUUAUUCUUUCACAACCACAGCCGAACGAGAAAUUGUGAGGGACAUGAAGGAAAAGUUGGCCUACAUUGCUCUCGACUACGAGCAGGAGCUAGAAACCUCCAAAACCAGCUCCUCGGUUGAGAAGAGCUAUGAGUUGCCAGAUGGACAGGUUAUCACCAUUGGUGCAGAGCGUUUCCGAUGCCCAGAGGUCCUCUUCCAACCAUCCAUGAUUGGAAUGGAAGCUGCAGGCAUCCACGAGACAACAUACAAUUCCAUUAUGAAGUGUGAUGUUGAUAUCAGGAAAGACCUGUAUGGAAACAUUGUUCUUAGUGGUGGUUCAACGAUGUUCCCUGGCAUUGCUGAUAGAAUGAGCAAGGAAAUCUCUGCACUUUCCCCAAGCAGUAUGAAGAUCAAGGUGGUGGCACCACCUGAAAGGAAGUACAGUGUCUGGAUUGGGGGCUCCAUCUUGGCAUCUCUCAGCACCUUCCAGCAGAUGUGGAUUGCAAAGGCAGAGUACGAUGAGUCUGGGCCGUCAAUCGUGCAUAGGAAAUGCUUCUAAAUGCUUAGGGACGAUGAAGAAAGAGUACUGCUUUGUUUUCUUUAAAAAGUGCCACUUCCAAGCCUUUAUCCAUUCGACCUUUGUUACCAUUUUAUGUUUUUUUUUUCUCAUGUUGGAGUGAAGACUUAUGGAAGACGAGUAGUUGAUUGCCAAAAUGGUCCAAUUCUUUCAUUAUUAUUUGUUGAAUUUUUACUGUUGCAUGCCAAUUCAUAC